UGCGUCAGUCUUCCACAUCAAAAUGUCACGUAUUUGCGUCUUGUUUGUGUUAUUCGCGGUUUGCGCCACAGCAUUUUCGCAGCCAGGUAUUCGGAACAAACGUCAGUCCAAUGACUUCCGGAACAAAAGUUAUUACGUCGAAUCAUUGAUAAAAACAAACUUCUUCAAUGCGUUCAUGUUUUGCCAAAGAAUGAACAUGAGAUUGCUGAGCAUCGCUACCAACGAAGAGUACGAUCACAUCCUCAAUAUAUUAAGAACACAAAUUCAAUUUGGCCCCGAUUCGAGACUGUGGACGUCUGGUAACGACUUGGCGCAGGAGGGUAAAUUCGAUUGGCUAUCAAGCGGACAUCCGGUAUUGAUAAACAAGUGGUUGCAUAAGCAACCGGAUAACCGGGACGGCGUAGAGAACUGCGUCGACUUCUGGAACGAGAACGGAGUUAUUGGACUGAACGAUGACCAUUGCGGCGUUUUAGCUUACUUUAUUUGCGAAAAACAAAAAUAAAAACUCACAAAUAAUUGA